AUGCUUCGUCGUUCUCUUCAUUCUUACACGAAAUUGGUAAUUUUAAUAUGUGUAUUUGGUUGGACUUCAACCAACGUGAACCCCCGCGCUCGUGAUACUUCAGAUGCUUGUUUACUAAGUGGAAAAAAACAUCAUUUCUCAACGGGGUGCCUAGUAUUGGAAAGCCUAAAUAUAAUUCAUCAACCUACGCAAGAGUCAGAAGAAAUAAGCAAGGCGGCAAUUUUAACCAAAUUAAUUGAUACUUGCCAAUUAAGAGAGAAAAAUAUUACUAAGAUGCUUCGUCAUUCUCCUUCUUUCUUCAUGGAGUUGACAAUAUUAAUAUUUAUAUUUGCUUGGGCUUCAAUCAGCGGUGCAGAAGCAUUUACAGAGGUCGAUUUAAGUUGUAAUUUUGAGAGAAAUUUUUGCCAAUGGGAAAGUGGCCGUCGUACAGAUUCUAAAUUUGCUUGGAUCAGAAACAAGGGAGAAACUAUCACCUCCAAAACUGGUCCAAGUUACGAUCAUACCUAUCAAAAUCCAAAUCGUGGCUAUUACGCAUACCUUGAAACAUCCAAUCCAUUAUACAAUAGGGCUACCUUGGAGAGUCCUGUAAUUCGCAGUAAUCAUAGUCAUUGCCUACGAUUUUGGUACAAUAUGAAUGGAGCAGACGUUAGUCGACUUCAAGUUGUAUCAUCUACAUUAGAAAUAUUAUGGUCAAAAGAGCAUAAUCAUGGCAAUAUUUGGCUAUUAGCUGAAGUCGAUAUAUUCUUAAGAGUGCAACAAUAUAAAAUAUCGAUUACUGGGUACGCCGGAAAUAGCUACGAAGCAGAUAUAGCUAUCGAUGAUAUUACAUGGGAAAAAGGAUUGUGUAAAAAUACAGAAUUUGAUAAUUUAAAGUGCAAUUUUGAAUCGGGUUACUGCGGCUGGACUAAUGUUGGCUUUGACAAUUUUGAUUGGACUCGAAGAUCUGGCUCAACCUAUAGUAUUAAUACUGGACCUGAUUAUGAUCAUACCUUGCAGACGCCAAACGGUUAUUAUGCAUAUAUGGAAGCCUCUGAUAGACACGCUGGAGAGAAAGUUAUAUUAGUUAGCAGAGUUCUGAAUAAUAAACGACCGAUAUGCUUUUCAUUUUGGUAUCAUAUGCAUGGUAAACGAGUCGGCAAAUUAUUAAUUAAGGUUGUAACUAAAAAUUCAACCGAAGUAUUAUGGGUAAAGGAAGGUAGUCAAGGUCAAGAUUGGAAAGAAGCAAAGAUCAAUAUAACGACUAUUCCACGAGAAUAUCAAAUUCAUAUCGUAGCAGUUUGUGGCCUUGACUGGUCAAGUGAUAUUGCAAUUGACGAUAUCGAAAUAAAUGAAGGCAGUUGUGGCAUACACCCAUGUAACCAGAAUCCUUGCAAGAAUGGUCGAUGUAAUAUCAUCAGCUCUGUUAGCUAUACAUGUGACUGUUGGAUAGGAUAUGAAGGAAAACACUGCGAAAUCUUUAAAGGAUAUAAAGCGUGCGAAAGUAAUCCUUGCCUAUCGGGCACUUGCGUAAGCUUGGCUAAUGGAAGGCGAUAUAAAUGUCAAUGUCCUCCCGGAUUUACAGGAGCUCAAUGCUUACGAAUUUCGAACUGGACAUGCGAUUUUAAAAAAGAUUUUUGUUCUUGGGAGCAAAGUGAUUUAGAUACAUUAGACUGGGAAUUCGCUGAGUUGGAAAAUCGUGAUCGGUACUUAAGUUUAUUCAAUAGAGAUGGGAGCAAUGGCUUUGCUAUUAUCAAGAGUCCAUUACUGCAAGGCAAUGAUAAACUGUGCUUCAAAUUUUCCUAUCUUAUCGUCGGUAAUACGACAUCAUUGGCUGUAACCACCUCCUUUAACGGCAAAAUCUGGUCUAAAGAUGGUGGAAGGAUAAAUACUUGGCGUAAAGCUGCAAUUACAAUCGAUAAAGUAGACCGUUAUGUUCUCUUCAAGAUUUAUAUCACAGCAUUACGUCGUCGAGGAGACGGAAGGAUCGCACUUGAUGAUGUUCAGCUACUUCCCGGAAAAUGCCCCAACUUAGAUUGCAACUUUCAAGAUGACUUCUGUGCUUGGAAUAAUGCGUUCUUCGAUGAUUUUGAUUGGGGAAGAAGGUCUGGUCCUGUAACAACUACAUCUAUUGGAGCUAAAACGAGUACUAAAUUGCGUCCAGGUGCUUAA